AGAAGCUACCGUAGAUAAACAGAGAUAAAAUAAAAAGUCUCUUAUUAACCGCACAGUAAUAUAUUAUUCUAGAAUAUGUUUUCUGAGUUUCUGUUUCCAUUUAAGUUAAAACAAUGGACUUAAAAUGUUAAAAACAUCUCAAGCUUAGUACCCGAUUUGUUACAGUCAUUGUGCUGACAGACAAACUUUCAGAUAAAUUGAGAGAGUAAAACAUUUUUUUUCUGAUGGAUAUCUGCAAAUACUUAAGUAAUGAUGUCAUCAGGUAUUAACAGUUACUCCCAUCGGUCCUACGAAAAUUUUUCUUUUAAGAUAAAAGAUGUUCCACCACCACUAAGAGCUCAGUUAUCACUCAGGCAAUACUUUUAAGGGCACAAAUUUACCCGAUAAGUCCAUUCGAGGACGAGAACCUGUCGUAGCGAACAUUUAACUGCAAAAUGUCGUCGAGGAAUAUUCAACUUUUUUUAUUCACUGCAGCCGUCAGCUUUGCAUUAAUCGAAGCACUUCGGAGACAUCCUUGUCGUGAAAAUGAAUUUAUGAAAUUACAUGAAGAAUGUGAGCCGCAUUGUAAUGAUCCAAAACCAGAAUUUUGUCCCUAUACACGAACGACGUGGUGUAAAUGCAACCCAGGAUUCGUAAGAAAUUCACAAGAUCUUUGUGUUAAACCCGAGGAGUGCAUCGAUGACGAAGUUUCCGAAGAGACAGGAAAUGAAGACAAUAUUCCCGAUGAUGCUGAUGGCGAGGUAUUUAAAGUAUAUUCAAAAUAUGAUAAAUAUUGCGGUGAGAACCAAUUUUAUACACAUAAUGUCAUAAUGUGCGAACCGUCUUGCGAGUAUCCUAUUCCUCAUCGAAAAUGUCAAGUUACUUUAGCAGAGGGCUGUAGAUGUAAACCUGGAUAUCUAAGAAAUUCACAACGCGUGUGCGUGAAACCGGAUCAUUGUGAAAAUAAUAAAUUAAUUAUGUUGGUAUAAUUAUAAAAAAAUAUGUAACUAAAUAUUAGUCGUAGAUUCAUAUUAAUAUUAUGUUGACUAAGAAAUAAAUAAAUUGAAAAAUUAUUUGUGUAUAAUUAAAAAAAAACAAUAAAAUGAUAAAUUUGAAUAAUUAUAAUAACAUAAAAUUCAUAAGAGAAGCUAUUAACGUAUAGAUCAAUUAAUAUGUCGUUACUGUAGUGUGACUAAUGGAAAUAAAAUUGAAAGGUUCUUAUUAACGGUGUGGUCAUAUUAUUCUUAGUAUACUUUGUCGUGAUAAAUAAAAAUCAACGGAACAAUUUAUGGGCAUGAUAAACCACGAUAUUUAAUCCGUAUAAAUUGUUGUAAUAUAAUAAUAAUAGUGUACAUAGUGUAUAUAUGUACGUCUACUUUGUAUAUAUGGUAUCUUAGUAGAAUGUCUAAAAUUAGUAUCACGUAAACUGGUUUAUCGACGGUUAUUAAUCGAUUAAAUUGCUACUAUA